GUGGCUAUAGGUUGAGCCAUUAGCUAUUCUCGUAUCAAAGGUGGGAUCUCGAUGGCUGUCUGCGUCGUGACUCGCAGAAUUGGGUUAAUAUUGCGAGUUAGGCAACCGCAUUUCAACCACCAUACAAGAGCCAAGGUAGCCUCAUCCUAUCUAUAUGGAUAACCCAGCAAGACAUUUCAAAAUACUAAGAAAUACUCUGCAUUAUUAAAUGAAUGGAAAGAUAAAACACUUGAAGUCGUAAGUGUUAAUUGAUUUCGAACCGACCUCAUCUCAACGAUCAAGUCUCACAGCCCGAGGAAGAGUGCCUCCCAAUACGCUCACCGUCCAUCUAUAACUCUACCAAUUAACUCAAACUCGAAAACUCCUCCAUCAUUGUAUCCUAAACCCGCCUCCGUUUCUCACGCACCAAAAUGUCUCUCCACUACAUCCCCCUCGUCGCCACCACCCUAGCCUUGAUCUACCUCUCCCUCCUCCUCCUCAAACACCUCGCCACCCGCUCCCGCCGCCGCACCUUCGCCGUCUCCCAUCACUGCGCCCUAGCACCCCCUUGGCCCUCCACUGACCCCACCCCAAUCGGCGUCGACAUCCUAUGGGGCAACCUGCGCGCCUUCCGCGCCCACACGCUCCUGGCACGCUUCCAGCACGGCCUCUCCACCUACAGCCCGCCUGGCAGCCGCACCGUCGCGCUACGGAUCCUCGGCAGCACGAACAUUGUGACAGCCGAUCCACGGAAUCUGCAGGUGAUGCUGGCGACGAAGUCCGCGGAGUGGAGCAUCGGGGACGACCGGACGAAUGAGAAGAAGGGGAUGGGGAGGCUGCUGGGGCGGGGAGUCUUCACGACGGAGGGGGAGGAGUGGAAGGACAGUCGGGGGAUGUUGCGGGGGGCGUUUGAGAGGAAGUGGGUUGAAGACGUGAGCCUCUUCGAGCGACACGUGAAAGAGUUGAUUGAGGCGAUUGAGGUUGAGGAGAACAAAGAGGAGGAGGGGCUGGUGGAGGUCGAUCUGCAGCCGCUGUUCGGGAAGUUGAGUCUAGAUAUCUCGACUGAGUUUCUGUUUGGGGAGAGCACGAGCACUUUGGCGGCAGGGGGGAGCGGGGAGGGCGAGGCGUUCGCGCGGGCGUUCGAUUAUUGUCAGAACCCAUUUAUGGCGGAUGGGAUGACGGUUUGGAAUUUUUUGUUGGAGGUGAUACAGGAGUUGACGCCGGCGUAUUUUACGAACUUCGUCGACACCCUCAUCUCCCGCGCCCUCACCCAACCGCCCAACCCCACCCACCCAACCUUCCUCUCCACCCUCUCCACCCACGAUCCCGCCCCCUCACCCCUCCGCCUUCGCUCGGAAUGCCUUAACAUCCUCCUCGCCGGCCGCGACACCACCGCCGCCCUCCUCUCCAACCUCGUCUGGUCCCUCUCCCGCUCCGCCCCCACCCUCACCCGCCUGCGCGCCGAAAUCGCCACCGCCUUCCCCCCCUCCGCCGCCGUGCGCCCCUCCUACGCCGCCCUCAAGGCACUCCCCUACCUGCGCGCCGUCCUCAACGAAUCCCUCCGCCUGCACCCCGUCGUGCCGCACAACGUGCGCACCGCGACGACCGACACGACGCUGCCGUUCGGCGGGGGCGCGGCGGGGACGGCGCCCGUGUUUGUGGCCGCGGGCUCGUUUGUCAUGUGGAGCACGUACGAGCUGCAUCGGCGGGCGGACGUGUGGGGGGCGGAUGCGGGGGAGUGGCGGCCGGAGCGGUGGUUGGAUGGGGAAGUGGGCGAGGGGGAGGAGAAACUAAGGCCCGGGUGGGCGUAUUUGCCGUUUGGGGGCGGGCCGAGGAUUUGCGUGGGGCAGCAAUUCGCGCUGGCGGAGGCGGGGUAUGUGGUUGUGAGGCUGCUGCAGGAGUUUGGCAGGUUGGAGAGUCGAGAUGGGGAGCCGUGGAGGGAGAAGCUGUCGAUUACGUGCACGGGGCUGGGAGGGUGUAGGGUUGCGUUGGGGCGGUAG